AUGUCGGACCCGCCCCUGGCCGACGGCACGUAUAUGGCCGAGAAGGUCAUAUCCCUCCAACACGAAAUCAGCUCCUUGCAAGAGUUUGUCGAGAAGCUGAAGGCGAAGGUGGCAGACUUGCAGGCACAUAAAGAGUCUGACACCGCCGAAAUCAAGACCCUCCGUGACGUUCUUGAACAAUACGAAAAGAGUUCGGAGCAGAAUAUGUGGGAGUUGGUGGGCGUGACCAACGCUCUUCGUCGGCAGGAGAUGAUGUAUGAAUCUCUCGAGGAGGUCCAUGCCAAGACCGAGAGGGAUCUUGGAGACCUGCGGGAGCGCAUGUCUGCUUCAGAAGAGUUACGCAAGUCUGCGGAAAAGGACAUCGUCACGCUCCGUGAACAACUCCUCAGCCUUGUCACUCUGGUCAGAACCAAAACCCAGGAAGCUUGGGUGUUCUCCAUAGCUCUUCGGAGCGCAUAUGAAUACCUCCCUUCGAUGUCCGAAAAGGAAUCCUUCCGAGGCCUCCUAGAUCGAACGACAAACACCACACGAGAGCGACUCAUCGACAAACUACUCGAGGCAUCCCUGUCAAAGGUCAAUGUCCGCAUGCCGGAAGUCGACAACCCUGGUCUCGCCUCCCCAGUGUCACCACCAAGAGAAAGAGAAAGCGAGCCACGCGCCUCGGAGCCUGGCACGAAGACGCCAAAGAGGCCACGACUAACGAUGUAA